UCCUGGGAAACCACUGAGCCAGGCUGGGAGCUGCAUUUGUGUAGGAAGCAGGCUUUGGCUUUGGACCUUCCAGAUCCUGGUGAUGCUGGAAACAGUUCCUCAGAGUGGAGAGGUUUACACUUGCCAAGUGGAACACCCAAGCCUGACGGACCCUGUCAUGGUGGAAUGGAAGGCUCAGUCUGAAUCUGCACGGGGCAAGAUGCUGAGUGGGAUUGGGGGCUCCGUGCUGGGGCUGCUCUUCCUUGGGGUAGGGCUGUUCAUCCACAAAAGGAAUCAGAAAGGACACUCUGGACUUCAACCAACAGGACUCCUGAGCUGAAGGACACUCAAGGAAGAAGGGUCUGCAUCAGCUCUGAGAAUGAAGAGGUUUCCUGCUUUGUUCUUGUUCUUCCA